AUGGGCGAGCAGAGUGUGAUGAACCACGCCAAAUUAGGCGGCAAUAUGGCUGAAGAUGGCGAUAUACCAAUGGCCCCCCUCGGCGUCGGCCUCGGCUCCUACACGGCACCGUCCUCCCGUUCCUGGCCGUCCUCUACCCGGGCUGGGUGUACGUGUGGCUGGGAGUGUACGGCGCCUCGGAAUACCCGGAGGCAGGCCUCCUGGCGCUGGCUGCCAUCGGGAUCGCGCACGUCCUCACGGCGCUGUCCGGGUAUUGGUCGGUGCACGCGCACUGUUGGCUUACCUGUUCAAAGGAAGCGGAUCCGAACAAGGCCACGCUGGCAAAGGUCAUCCCCACGCCGAAUAACGGUUCAGCUGAGCUGGUGGCACUGCAGCGGGACCAGGAUGACAACGGGGAAGACCUCCUCUCUUUUGAGUUCCAGAAAAUCCGCUACACCUUCGACCACAAAGAAAAAAAACACUUUUUCCCCCAUCGCUUUCCCCAUCAGCCAACCGAUGGGCUACUUUCAGUCGUGGCGAGGGUACCAGGAGGAGGUUGAACUCAAGGCUGCAGAGAAGCAAUACGGCACCAACCGUGCCGAGAUGAUGGUUCCGGAUUUCCUGGAGCUGUUUAAGGAGAGGGCCACCGCACCCUUUUUUGUCUUCCAGGUGUUCUGUGUGGGGCUGUGGUGUUUGGACGAGUACUGGUACUACAGUGUUUUUACGCUUUUCAUGCUGGUGGCCUUCGAAGCGUCCCUGGUCCAGCAGCAGAUGAGGAACAUGUCCGAGAUCCGCCGCAUGGGGAACAAGCCCUACAUGAUCCAGGUUUAUCGCAACCGUAAGUGGAGACCCGUAUCAAGCGACGAGCUCGUCCCCGGUGACAUCGUCUCGAUUGGACGGUCCCCACAAGACAACCUGGUGCCGUGUGAUGUGCUGCUCCUCCGGGGUCGCUGCAUCGUGGAUGAGGCCAUGCUGACCGGAGAGUCUGUGCCUCAGAUGAAGGACCCUCCUCGGCAAAAGCUGACCAACCACAGCUCUAUGGUCCGCGUCGCCGCUGGCGCGAAGCUAGAAUCUUUGGGAGAUUGCAGGGUCUGGAGAAGGAACGAAGCGGUGGCGUCGCUGAAAAAGUCCCGCCAGCAGUACUUCCAGCGCUGUGACGAGCUGGAGAAAGCCAAGACUGUGGACGACACGGGAGGGAUGAAGACUCUGGAUAAGAGGAGGAAGUCCAAGGAUGAAGCCCAGACAAAGGUGGCGGAGGCGGAGCUUCUAUACAAGCAGUGUGUCCAUGACGCCAGGAUCCACCAGGACGAGCUGAUCAGAGUCAAAGAGAGGAUUAUUUCCCACGUUCGCAAGAUUAUCUGUCAGGGAGACACGGUGCUAAAGCAGGUGACGGUCAACAUGUUUUACUACCAGCGGCUGCAGACGGAGGAGGUUCCUCUGGGGUACCACAACCUGGAGCUGACCUGCCGCUCCUUGGAGCCCGGGGAGCCAUACAUGACGUACAUACGCGGCAGGCAACGUCAAGAACAGCCUCCGCAGAUCUUCUCCUUCCAGGAGUACGUGGCUCAGGGGAAAAGGAACAAACGCAAAACCAGCAACCCUCUCAGUUCCCUGCAGGACUCCUCGCCUCUGAGAGACGAAAGUCCCUGCAGACACGGGCGAUUCGGCUUCAGCGACAGCGAGAGUAUUGAAGGCAGCUUGGAAUCUUUGUCGAGUCCUGCCCACUGUGUUAGGAGGCUUCACAAAAUACAGUUCAACUUGCUCUCGGACGACACAGAUGAGCGCGACGUGGCGUCUGAAUCUGAGUGCCUGGAUGGUCAACAGGUCAAAGUGCGCACGCCGUCCCGCGCCGCUCAAACGCACCGACUCAAAAAGCUGAAGACCAAGAUGGUGAAAUGCAAGCAGUGCGACAACUACAUUUACGUCAACGGGGUGGAAUGUGAGGAGUGUGGGCUGGGUCUGCACAAGAAGUGCAUGGAGGCGUGCCAGAUCGAGUGUGACAACAACAAGGGGACGGUGUUUGGCGUCGCGCUGGCUCUGUUGCUGCGAGACACGCGGGACCACGUGCCCUUCGUGGUGCGACGCUGCACGUCUGAGAUUGAGAGUCGGGCUCUCUCCGUCCAGGGGGUGUAUCGGGUCAGCGGGUCCAAGCCUCGUGUCCAGAAGCUGUGUCAGGCCUUUGAGGAGCAGAAGGAGGGCGUGGACCUCUCGGAGCUGUCGCCACAUGACAUCACCUGCAUCCUCAAGCACUUCUUCAAGGAGCUCCCGGAGCCGCUGCUAACCUUUGACCUGUACAACGACUUCAUCGCGGCGGGGAAGAGCCUCCAGCACUUCGGCAACUGGGAAUCGAUGCAAGACACUAACGAGUUUGUGGAUGUGACUCGCAGCCUACAGAAGCUCCUAGAAAGACUUCCUGCCUGUUGCUUCAGCACGUUGCAGCACCUCAUAUUGCACCUGCAAAGAGUUUCCAGAAACAAGGAGAACAAGAUGUCCUCCAGCAACUUGGGCAUUGUGUUCGGUCCCACUCUCCUGCGUCCGCCGGUGUCGACGGACCAUCCCACGGUGGCCCUGCAGGAGAACUCCUACCAGGCCCUGCUGGUGGAGUUCCUCAUCACGCACCACGACAGGCUCUUCCUGCCCGCCCCUCAAGUCCCCGCGGGUCCGCUUCCGGAGACCCCUCCUAGGGGACGUGGCUGUCCUCAGGAGGGCGACAUUGACUCAAGACCGGAGCAACGGACAUCCUCCAGGGAGCGGCCUUACUCCCUAGAAAGCGAGAGAAUGAAGCGAGAGUGGAGUGAGGGUUAUAUAUCUGACAAGUCUUCAUCCAAUGAAGCAGUGGACCAGCUCAGCCCUGACGCCACUCAGAGAGCAGUCGUGGCUAUGAGCUCCACCCGCCACGACCCAACGGGGGACUUUGUUCUGUCCAGGCCGCACUUCCGCUUCACCAGGCAGCCCGUCAAGUACCACCGCCAUCACAACCCCAGGAGCCGACCUCCCGCCACCGACCAGAGCGCCGCCGCCGCCGCCGCCGGGCCGCCCGCGGCUCCGCCGGGCAGCGCCGACAGCAGCCGCAGCUCCUCCCCGGAGCAGCGAGCGCCGCGCUUACCCCCUCAGGACGUCCGCUCGCCGUGUCCCCGGACCACCGCCGACGCCGCCGCCGCCGCCGCCCCUCUGAGCCCGCGUGAUGUGGUGCAGUACAUGCUGGCGCUGGACGGCACACCCACGCUCACUUUGGCCCACCUCAACAUCAACAACAAUUCUGCACAGAGGAAGACUUUCUCUCCCAAGACUCUUCCUGCGGAGCAACACUUCACCUCGCCCGCACAGAAGAUUCUAUCCGGGCUGAAGCUGAGACGCAGCCACUCGGGGAAAGAUGAACAACUUUUUGUAUGAGCACCUUCCAGCGUGGAUUACUCUUCCGUUGAUUUCUACCUUUUCUACUCCUUUUUUUUGCCCCCUGCAAAUUGUACAAAAACCCCCAAAAGUUGUCACGUUGUGUAAAUGGUAAAUAAAAACAAUGAUUAUAUUCAAUUGAACGGACGGCAAAGACAAGGUAUUUAACGUCCGGACUGGAAAACUUCAUUUUUUUGGUCGGAAUUUGAUGCAUGCGACGUGUUUUGAAAGAAGCUGGCACAAGUGGCAAAAAAGACUGAGAAAGUUGAGGAAUGCUCAUCACUUGUUAAAGUUAAAGUACCAAUGAUCGUCACACAAACACACACUAGGUGUGGUGAAAUUUGUCCUCUGCAUUUGACCCAUCCCCUUGUUCCACCCCCUGGGAGGUGAGGGGAGCAGCGAGCAGCAGCGGUGGCCACGCCUCGUAAUAAUUUUUGGUGAUUUAACCCCCAAUUCCAACCCUUGAUGCUGAGUGCCUAGCAGGGAGGUAAUGGCUCCCAUUUUUUUAUAGUCUUUGGUAUGACUCGGCCGGGGUUUGAACUCACACUCUAACCACCAGGCCACUGAGUUGGUUGUGGAACAUCCCACAGGUGAACAGGGCUAAUUGGGGACAGGUGGGUGCCAUGAUUGGGUACAAAAGCAGCUUCCCUUAAAUGCUCAAGUCAUUCACAAACAAGGACGGGGGCGAGGGUCACCACUUUGUCGACAAAUGCCUGAGCAAAUUGUUUAAGCACAACAUUUCUCAACCAGCUUCUGCAAGGAAUUUCGGGAUUUCACCGUCUACGCUCCGUAAUAUCAUCAAAAUGUGAAUUCAGUCUGGAGAAAUCACCAAAAACCAACAUCGAAUGCCCGCGACCUUCGAUCCCUCGGGCGGCACAGCGUCAAAAAGCGACAUCGGUGUGUAAAGGAUAUCACCACAUGGGCUCGGGAACACUUCAAAAAACCACUGUCAGUAACUACAGUUGGUCGCUACAUCUGUAAGUGCAAGUUAAAACUCUUACUAUGCAAAGCCAAAGGCAUUUAUCAACAACACCCGGAAAUGCCGCCGGAUUUGCCGGGCCCGAGCUCAUCUUUGAUUGAUUGAGAAGUUUAUUGACAUCUUAAACAAUUGAAUCCAAUAAAUAUUCAUUGAUUUAUUGAUGGAUUGAUUGAUUGAGACUUGUAUUAGUAGAUUGCACAGUACAGUACAUAUUCCGUACAAUUGACCACUAAAUGGUAACACCCCAAUAAGGUUUUUCAACUUGUUUAAGUCGGGGUCCACGUUAAUCAAUGCACAUUUGAUACAUUCAAUGAUAAAGGUCUAAGGUCUCCUCAGUUCCCAAACGUUUACUGAGUGUUGUUAAAAGGAAAGGCCAUGUAACACAGUGGUCAAAAUGCCCCCGUGACUACUUUUUUUGCAAUGGGUUGCUGCCGUUAAAUUCUAAGUUAAUGAUUAUUUGCAAAAAAAACAUGAAAUAUCUUGUCUUUGCAGUCUAUUCAAUUGAAUAUAAGUUGAAAAGGAUUUGCAAAUCAUUUUAUUCUGUUUUUAUUUACCAUUUACACAACGUGACAACUUCACUGCUUUUGGGGUUUGAACAAACUUGACUCUGAUUAGCUCUGUAAAGUCCAAUAUCAUAAAUUUAACCUUGGAAUACCAUCAAAAUAUACUUUUAGACCAUAUUUACUAACCUUAAGUCUGGCCAAAAUUGGGAAAAAAAGUACAUUUUCCUCAUUAUUAUUAUUAUUAUUCAUUCACAUUUUCUUGUCAAUUUGUCCAGCGUGAUCACAAUGGGUCAAUUAGCCACACAUAAACCAUGUUAAUGAUAGUUAAACACACAAAUAUGAAGAUCAUCUCCACACAUAAACCAUGUUAAUGAUAGUUAAACACACAUAAACCAUGUUAAGGAUAGUUAAACACACAAAUAUGAAGAUCAUCUCCACACAUAAACCAUGUUAAUGAUAGUUAAACACACAAAUAUGAAGAUCAUCUCCACACAUAAACCAUGUUAAUGAUAGUUAAACACACAAAUAUGAAGAUCAUCUCCACACAUAAACCAUGUUAAUGAUAGUUAAACACACAAAUAUGAAGAUCAUCUCCACACAUAAACCAUGUUAAUGAUAGUUAAACACACAUAAACCAUGUUAAGGAUAGUUAAACACACAAAUAUGAAGAUCAUCUCCACACAUAAACCAUGUUAAUGAUAG